AUGGGCUGGAAUCCAGGGUCGCGACUUGGACCCACGGAUACCACACAAAACGUUGCGCGAAAGGGCCUUUUAUGUCCGAUUGAAGUGAAUGAGCAGACAUUGGGUUCGAGAAACCGACCUGGGCUUGGCUACUAUGGUCCCCCUUGUGUGAAUUACUCCAUCAAUCCUGGUCAGGGUGUGAAAUCGGUCUACAUUCGCACUGUAUUCGAUAAGCCUGAAACUGUGAUGCAACGCAGUGGUUUGGGUCUGAAGAAGAGCUUGGUACGUCGUGAUGAUCCUCAACUUGUACUCAAAUAUCGUCAGAAACCAGAAAGGGAAAAAUCAGAAGCGUCAACGUCGAAUUUGCAGUUCAUUCCACUCAAUCGAACCGUCAUUCUGAACCCGCACGGUAUUGUAUCCAAAGAAGGUAUCUCAUUUGUUUCUGGCGGGUUUCUUAACCCAUCUUCAAAGUAA